GCAACCGCACCGAUGUGUGGCCGAGCAGACAAACAUGGAUGAACCAAUGGCACCUCCCGCUGGUUCCCACCGACAAAUUGGGAGCGGAGAGGUGCCAGCGCCGCGGCCGCAGCCAGCCGUCACCAGCUCCGUCUACACCCGGCACAGAGAUGGCGCCGACUCGACUGGCCUCUCCCACAAGGAGAGGGAGGAACGAGUCCGCCUGUUCAAACAGCUGCAGCUGGAGGAGGUGCAGCGCAAGAAAGAGAUCCUCGCGCGCCAGGACGAGCAGGCUGUCCGACAGCGUGAGCAGGCGGAGCGCGAGCGGCGGCGCCGGUACGACGAGUUGCGGCUAAAGGAGCAGGAGCGCCGAUCUCAGGUGGAGGACCGGCGCCGGCAGUUGGAACAGCUGGACGCCGAGCGGCGCGCCGGCAUCAUGCGCCGUAACCUGGAGCGCGAGGCCAUGCUGGAGACGCGCCGUCGCCACCGCGACAGUCAGAUCCUGCUCGGAUUCGGCAGCUCGACGCCGCGUUGGGAGCCAGAGCCCGACAUGGGCAAGAGGUCGACAUCGACAACACAGGUGGACGGCGCCGGCGACGCGGCGGCGCGGCCAGACGGCAGGCGGCCGCUGUCUGCGGCGCCGGCGGCCGCCGCCCGCCUUCGGGGCGACGGAGCCGGCGUCCCGACCACGCCCACCUCGCCGUCGCGGCCGACCUCUGCGCUCUCACAGCAGAGCAGCGGCGGCGGCGGCGUGGCGCUGCGAAGCCGCGCCUCGCCGCGCCGCCAGAGACCCGUCAGCAUCGCCGGCAUCCCGUCCAGGGCGGCCGGACACGCCGCCCGCACCGACACGGACGCUGCAGCACGGACGCCGACGGAGGGCCGCCGCCCGCUCUCCAGUCACAGCAGGCCGGCGCCGGCAGUGCCGCCGCGCCGCACCCCCGCCCAGGUCAAGGCCGACGACGCCAAGAAGAGGAAGCUGCGCUCCAAGUCCAACACACCACAGCCGUCUCCGGCGGUUGAGGUGGCGCCGCCGCUGCAGGAUGUGGUGUCUGAGCCGCCCGGGGCUCAAGCUGAGAAGGGGCCCGGCGCCGUGGCGGCCAGGCCGCCAUCCCAGAACAGUGCCCAGGUGGCGGGCGACGCGGCCGCGGUCGGUCCGCCCUCCCAGACCAAUGAUGUGACGCCGUCGGCCGAGCCGGCGGUCGCGCCUGCCGCGUCGGGUGCCGCCGGCGACGCCGAGCCGUCCCCACCGCCGACUGGCCCCGGUGCUACGGAAAAGGCAGCGGAGCAGCCGGCCGCGGCGGCUGGUGUCCAUUCGCAGGCGGAAGAGAAGCCCAUGGCGGUUUCUGUCUCGCAGACCGCGGACAGUGAGGCGAGCAUGCCGGCUGCUGUCGUUGAAACUGCGCCGACACAGCCGGCUCCUCAGGACGCGGCCGUCGACGCGGCUCCGGCAGCCGCCACCGCCAAGCUAGUCAUUCCAGAGCCGGCCGCGGUCCCGCCGCCGUCGCCGCCAGCGGUGGAGCCAGUGCCGUCCGCGCCGCCGGCCGAGCCGGUGCCGUCCCUGCAGCCGUCGGAGGCGGCGGCCGUCGAGGCUGCCGCUCCAGCACAUGUGGGGCCAGUGCCGCCAGCGGAGCCGGCGGAAGCCGAGCCGUGUGCGGCGGCCGUCGAGGCUGCCGCUCCAGCACACGUGGGGCCAGUGCCGCCAGCGGAACCGGCGGAAGCCGAGCCGUGUGCGGCGGCCGUCGAGCCUGCCGCCCCAGCACACGGGCCAGUGCCGCCAGCGGAGCCGGCGGAAGCCGAGCUGUGUGCGGCGGCCGUCGAGCCUGCCGCUCCAGCACACGUGGGGCCAGUGCUGUCAGCGGAGCCGGCGGCAGCCGAGCCGUGUGCGGCGGCCGCAGACUUGGAGCCUUCCGUCGCCGCCUCUGGUGCGACGCCGUCCAGUGCAGCCGCCGUCCCAGAGCCGGAGAGUGAGGCCCCUGCCGCGCCGGUGGAGUCGACCCCGCCGUCCGGUCUAGGCGGCGAGGAGCCGGCAGCUCUUCCAGCGGCGGUUCCGGCCGUCCUUCCAGCGGCGGUUCCAGCCGUCCCUCCAGCGGCGGUGGAGGCAGCUAGUCAGCCUCCGGCCAGCCCUGCCGCGGUGCAGCCCGCCCAGCCGCCGGCGGAAGGCGCGCAGGAGUCGCAAGGGCGCCUCGGCAGGUGGUGA